UGCCACCAGUUUUGUAACUUUGAGUUGAUUUCAGGUCCAAAGAGCAGACAACGACAACAACAACAAAAUGAAAACAUUAGUUUAUUUAAAUUACAAAUAAAAAAUGGGAAAUAAAGUGACAGCAUUUAGUGAAGAACAACUAGAGGCAUAUCAGGAUUGCACAUUCUUUACAAGAAAAGAAAUUCUAAGAAUUUUCAAACGAUUUAAAGAAUUGUCACCUAAACGUGUGCCUUCAGAUAUGAAAAAUGGAAAGGCCAAAAAAUGCAGAAUACCAUACACAGAACUGGAACUUUUGCCAGAGCUGAGGGAGAACCCAUUUUGUGAAAGGAUAUGCCAGGUAUUUUCAGAGGAUGGGUCAGGUGAUAUGAACUUUGAUGAUUUUCUGGACAUGUUUUCUGUGUUUUCAGAGGCAGCUCCAAGGGACAUAAAAUGUAUUUAUGCAUUCAAAAUAUAUGAUUUUGAUGGUGACAAUUACUUGGACCAUUUAGAUUUGCAAAAUACAUUGAGAUGCUUGACAAGAAAUGAGCUAACAGAAGAUGAGAUUGCCUUUAUUGUGGAAAAGGUUAUAGAGGAAGCUGAUCUAGAUGAUGAUAAUAUGUUAUCUUACAUUGAAUUUGAACACGUGAUUUCAAGGUCCCCAGAUUUUCUUAACACAUUCCAUAUUCGGAUAUGACAGUAGCUGGAAAUCAACAAGAAUGUGAAAGCAAAGAUGCACAUUUGUUGACUUAUAUUUCAAAACUACAUGUAAUUAAAAUAUGAUUUGCAUAUUUCGAAACAUCGAAGAAGGAAAACAACAAAGACUAUACCAUGCAAUAAGAAUCAUUAAAUAAGUGCUAAAUAUCAGAAUUUACUUGUGAUAUAUGUAUUUGAGUGUGCACGUCAGGUAUAAACUUUGAAUUAAUGUUCUUCAGAUUUUGUUUGUCAAAUAAUUAAUGAUUUUGAUAUGAUUUUAAAGAAAUCUCAAAAAGAUGAUCUGAAAAUUUUUUGUUUCAGAUAGUGAAAUUCAUCCUUUGAUUACAGUAGUAAACUAUAAUCGUUUCCUUAUAUCAAAGCAGAUUUUUCAUUGGAAAACUGUUAUUCUACAUUUAUUAGUUGGUGAACUUCAGCACACAGCUGGACGUAAAUGGUUUAUUCAUUAUGCAGAUCUUACAGUCUGAAGAAACUUCAAUGAAACAUAGAAUAUUUGUCAUCAAGUGUCCUAGUACAUGUGCAUGUUGUCAGGGUUUUGUGAUUUAAUCAUUGUAUAUUGAAGAAAAACGAAUGGUCAUAAUUUUUAUGACCCCAAAUAUGUAAUAUUGGUUGAAAACCAGGUUUUGUACAAGUUUCCUGCAACAUCUUCACUUUAAUGUUUUAAUAGAAGCUGUUAUUAUAAAAAAUGUAAUUUGUAUUUAUUUGUAUUCAGGUAUUUAAACAAAUGCUUUCAAAUUAUUUAGGGCUAUAUACUUGUAUUAAUGGAUCAUAGCAAUGUUUUCCAUCUUUCUACCCAUCUAAAUGAAUAAUUUCAGCCUUUACAAAAUGAAAGAAAUUUGAAAUGAUGUAUGAUGACUUAUUUUGUAUUUUUUUUAUUGUGGAAUUAAAAAAUAAAUGAAAAAUAGUUAAUGACAAAUU